GACAACGCGCACUACAAAUUCGAAUAUGGCGUUCACGACCCCCACACCCACGACCACAAAUCCCAACACGAGCACAGAGACGGUAAACACGUCACAGGGGGAUAUACCCUGAAGGAAGCCGAUGGAACCCACAGGAUUGUCAAAUACACUUCGGAUCCCCACAAAGGAUUCGAAGCUUUGGUAGAACGAGCUGGCCAUGCUCAACACCCUGCCCAUUAUGGUAAACAUGGAAAGCAUGGUCACGGAGGACAAGGAGGCACCAGUUACGUUGGAGUUACUCACUGGACCAACCAAGAGAGUGCCCUAGUUUCCAGCGACAAUGUACCCGGCGUCAUGGAAAUGUUCAACAUAACGUAUGAAUCAGAGAAAUNCAUGUCCAUGUUUACCGUAAUGGGCAGGAUGUUGGGCAUGUCCUACUCGUUCUACCACAGCCUCGAAUCCUUUGUGAGGAUCAGAAGUGUACUUGACAAUCCUGUGUGUCCCAUCGGCUUCCUUCAGGGUAUAUCCUCCAGUUGCGUGUUUUCCAUGUCUGUGCUCGUGUUGGGAUUUGUGGUCAUGGGUGUGGGGGUCGUGGACGCCAUAUUCGAACUUGACAAUGCUCAUUACAAAUUCGAAUAUGGCGUCCACGACCCUCACACCCAUGACCAUAAAUCUCAGCACGAGCACAGACAUGGAAAACACGCAACCGGAGGAUAUACCCUGAAGGAAGCCGAUGGGACACACAGGAUUGUCAAGUACACGUCCGAUCCUCACAAAGGAUUCGAGGCUGUGGUAGAACGAGUAGGACAUGCCCAACAUCCUGCCCAUUAUGGUAAACAUGGACAUGGACACGGAGGACAGGGAGGCACCAGCUAUGUUGGAGUUACGCACUGGAGUAACCAAGGAAGCGAUGGACACGGUCACGGACAUUAG